UAUAUUUUUGCCAUCACUAGUUCAGAAUAUAGGCUUGAAACGUGUGUCGAUUCCUCCGGAGAUGUUGAGAUAUCCCAAAAUUGGCGACGCCCAACAUUGUGCUACUUAGUUAGCAUGUUGACAAAGCAUGGUGACAAGCAUGUGAUUUGUGUGGAGAACACACUCUGGAGUCUUCGGUUCGCUUGCCUUUAGUGAUUACAGCUCCUGCCAGUGUUAUUCAUUAGAUAGGUUUCUCGUUUUAGCCGUUGUAGCCUUCCGGAGAAUUCAUGUUAACUUUGCUACCAUCCCUCCGCUGUGAUGCGAAGAUGAGUUUUUAAAGGUGGUUUUGGAUCAGUUGUUUUAAGAUCAAAUAUCAGAAAAAAUACAACUAUGGACUUUUUCCUGGACUUGGAGCAGCCAUUAAGAGAGUUGAAGUUUUAGCUUCAGUCAGUUAUAGUGCGUCCAGCGUCCCCAUCCUGGUAUUAACUAUUCUCCAACAUUCCGGACAACAUCACAUUGCAUGUUAGAAGUAGGUAUUAUUCCUGCAAUUGUUGUAGUAUAGAGUGACAUCCAUUUCCAAUAAAUCAUACCCAGGUUGAGCGUCUGAUCAAACAACACACACGGUGUUAAUUAAUUGGCUUGUUUGCUCUGCUGUCGCCACAACUUAUUACUACCAAACAAACCCACUAGUGUGUGGUUAUAAAAAGCGAAGGACACACUGGCCACCUCUGCAACGAUUGCAUUCCCACUUCACGAUGGCUUACCGACUGCUGGUGAGCUGUCUGCUACUGCUACAGCUCGUACUAACGCAAGCCGACGGAGGCAGCUUUCUAGCACCGUCCGGCAGUAACUACUGUCCCAUACCGCUGGAAGUGCUGGAGCAGGAGAACGGCACCGCCCCGGCCGACUGGAGUGCCAGCUGCACCCAACGCCGCACGGAGGAUCACGCCAAGAUCGAGCAAGCGGUCGCAGUAAUCAAGGACCACUUGGAGAAGCAGGCGGCCGCCACCAAACCUAUACGGGACGAGUUGCGCCAGUUUGGCGGCACACUGUUACCGCUGCUAAACUCCACCCAGGUCAAGACCGAUGCCGCCGAGCUGGACGAGCUGCGCAUGAGUGUGCUGGUCGCUGCGAUUGAGGCGGGCCGCAUACCAGAAGCGAUGACGCAGUUCCUCAUGCUGGCCGGCUGGAACCGAUGGCCGCAAAUCGUCGCCCAGAUCUACCAGAACACGAGACGCGACCGACAGCACAUUGCGAACCUGCUGGAGUUUAUCCGCAUUGUGCCGGCGCGCGACGACCGGGUCGCGUUCUACCACGAGCUGAAGAAGCACAUGGUCGCGAGCAAGGACUACGAGUCGUACCUCGGCGCCCUGUUUGCGGCCGAUGCCUUCCAUGUGGUGUACGAGGCGGACGGCAAGACGCCGCUGAACGAGAGCGACGUGAAGGCGCUCUACACCACGAUGCUGGACGGUGCGGGGGCGUACUUCCAGCGUGCCCUGCUAACCGGCGCCAACCGGUACGAUCUGUUCCUGCUCGACGAGCAUCAUCCGCAGCUGUUCGAUCUGCUGUUCGACCGCAUCGUGAACGUGUCCCAGGCGAAUAUGCGCAAGUUCAACUCGUGGCAGAUGAUGGGAGCGCUCUGCCGCGUGCACCGGCCAAUGUCAAAGGUGCUGCUGUUCCGCAAGACCGCCAACCUGCUACUGGACCACUUCAAGUGGGAGAAGGAGAACGAGUACUACGCGCCGAUGCUGGCCGGCUACUUCGAGGUGUGCCUGCCGGAGAUCCGGAAGGAUCCAGCCACCGCCGGUCUCGUCACGGAGGUGCAGAACAUCUUCGGCCGCUACAAGAAGGGGAUGAACUACAAGAGCAUCUCGCAUAUCAUUGGCAAGAAUAUCCACGCGUAUGCUGGGUAGGAUUGUGGGUUAAGAAUAAAGUGACCGAUGUGUAUAAUGCAGCCAUUUCCAUCAA